AUAUCUAACUAUUUUAUACAUGCAGGGACUCCCAAAUGGACAUCAUAAAAUCAGUCAUUGAUAUUGUGAAGGACGUUGGCCCUACUGUUCGGAAAUAUGUCAAGUAUCAAUUUUGUCACAAUGAUUAUGUGGAUCAAUUCGUAGCUGUGCAAAAGAAGCUGGAGCGCCAACUAAAAGACGUUGAGGCAAAAUUAAUCACAGAGCUUAACCAGCCUGGAAAGAAAACAACGAGCCAAGCUGACAAUUGGCAGGAGGAAGCGCGCAAAGAAAUUGCCAUAAAGGUUGAAGAUCUGACUUGUAGAGGAGGCUGUUUCACAUAUAUUUGCUCAUCAAGAAAGCUCAAUAAAAAGACUCAAGCACUGAAUGAAGUAAUAUGCAUGCAAGGAGAAAAUUAUACUAAUAAUGGUUGGAGUUUGGUCAUAGAUGAUCACUCGAUUGAGUAUCGCACAACUGUAUUCAAAGAAAAGCAAGAGCAGCUGAAGCUUCGGCAAAAAGACAUUGAGGCCAAAUUGGAGGCUCAACGUGUACAACCUGGAAAGAUUGCAAGGAAGGAAGUUGAAGACUGGAUGGAGAAAGUAGGCCAACAAAUUGCCAUAAAGGUUGAAGACCUGAUCAGCCAAGGGGAAUGUUCUCCAUCACCCAACCUCGAGAAAAUAACGGAAGUUCUGAAGCAAACAUUUGAGCAAGGAGAAAAAUACACUAAUGUUGAUGCGAGUUUGGUUGUAGAUAAUCAAUCAAUCGAGUAUUGUGCACCUGUAUUCAAAGAAAAGCAAGAGAGGUUGAAGCACCAGAAGGAACACAUUGAAGCAAAUUUAAAGACUCAGUGUAUGCCCCCUAGAAAGAUUGCAAGGAAGGAUGUCAAAGAGUGGCUGGAGAAAGCAGGUCAACAGAUUUCCAUAAAGGUUGAAGAUCUAAUCAACCAAGAGGACUGUUCCCCAUCAAUCACCCUCAGGAAAAACACUGAAGAAUUGAAGCAAAUGCUUGAUGAAGGAAAAGAAUUCACUAAUGCUGGUGUGAGUUUGGUCAUAGAUGAUCACUCAAUCAGAGGAGUUCCACUACUUGUUGAAGAAUGCAGUGGCAGGGAUUAUGUACAAAAACAAAUUCUGGAUUGUUUGAAGGGAGACAAGGUUAGAAGAAUAGCAAUUUGGGGGAUGGGUGGUGUGGGCAAGACAACAAUUAUGAAGCAUGUCCACAACCAACUGUUGAAAGAACAAAAAUUUGUCAAAGUUAUUUGGGUAAAAGUGUCAAAAGACUUUGACAUUAUUGUCCAGCAAAAAAGGGAGUUUGAUAUUCCCAAGUUUCAGAGAAGGAUUGCAAGUAGCUUGGAAUUAAAAUUGGAGCCAGGGGAUCAUGAGAAUGAAACCAAGCUUGCAGGAUUGAUUUCACAAAAGUUGGGGCAGGGCAACUUCGUGCUAAUUCUAGAUGAUGUGUGGCAGCAAUUUUGUCUAGAAGAUGCUGGAAUUCCUAAUCUAGAUGGAAAUAAUGGUUGCAAGUUAGUACUCACGACACGGUCACAAGAUGUUGCUCGUGCAAUGGAGUGUGAGGUGAUCUCUGUGAAUCCUCUUCCACCUGAAAAAGCAUCAGCAUUAUUCUUGGAGAAAGUUGGAAGUGCAGUGUUGUCAAAUGGUAGAAUUAAAGGAGAUAUAGAGCCAUUUUUUACGAAAAUUUUGCAAAAAUGUGAUGGAGUACCCCUUGCUAUUGUGACGGUAGCCAAAACUAUGAGCAGAAAAUUGGAUCCUAAUUUGUGGAAGCAGGCAGCUAGGAAAUUGAGUAAAUUUGAAGGAAUUGUUGAUCGUUUGAAAUUCAGUUAUGAAUGUUUAGAAUCACAAUGCCAGGAGUGUUUUCUAUACUGUGCAUUAUAUCCUGAAGAUUAUGAAAUCUCAAGGGAGGAGUUAAUUGAGUGUUGGAUUGAGGAGGGGUUUAUAUAUGAAGAAGGGGAAACUAGGGACACAAUGUAUUGUGAGGGUCAUGUUAUACUCGAGAAGCUGGUUGACAACUGCUUGUUGGAAUCAGUUAAAAAUCGAGAAAGAAAAGACUGUGUGAGUAUGCAUGAUCUUUUUCGAGAAAUGGCAUUGGAUAUUAGGCCUCAAUUUUUGGUAAAAGCUGGCAUUAACUUGGAAAAGCUACCAGAAGAGGAUGAAUGGAGUGAAAAUCUUUUGAAGGUUUCUUUAAUGAGGAAUUAUAUAACAAAAAUUCCUUCAAGCAUGUCGUCUCCGAAGUGUCCUAUGCUCACAACCUUGUUAUUGUCCAAUAACAAGAUUUCAACAAUUCCAGAAGCCUUUUUCGAGCAUUUGCUUGGGCUCAAGACUCUUGAUCUUUCCAACAAUUAUACGCUAAAGGUACCAUCUUUAUCCAACCUUGUAGGCUUAAAAAAGUUGGACCUUUCCAAGACAUCAAUUGCAAAACUACCCCAAGGCCUCAACAUGUUAACAAAUCUAAAAUAUCUUGGUCUUGGUGGAAGAUUAUCAGAAACAUGUGAUGAACUGUUACAAAAUCUCUCCAAACUUCAGCAUUUAACAAUAGCCACUGAAAUAAAAUUUAAAUGGAGGAAUAUUGGAAAUUGGGGGAAGCUUCAAAACCUUGAGAAGCUAGUUUUCUAUGGUUUGCAUAACUUGACUGCGAUGUUUGGGGGGAGAGAAGCAGUUGCUAAGUUAGCAUCGCUACCAGCUGGCACAUUUUCCUCUGUUCAAUGUAUUGGUGUUUGUUAUUGUGGUGACAUAAAGAAGCUAUUCUCAGUUAGGUGGUUGGGGUAUCUCCAGAAUCUACAAACUAUUGAUGUUCGUGAUUGUGGGCACAUAGAGGAGUUAAUAGGGUUUGAAUCUGAAGGAGGAGAAAAAGUCACGGUGUUUGGGGAAAGAGGAGCAAUUGCUAAGUCAGCAUCGUUACCAGCUGGUACAUUUUCCUCUAUUCAACGUAUUCGUGUUUCUAAUGUUGGUGACAUAAAGAAGUUAUUCUCAGGUAGGUGGUUGGGGUAUCUCCAGAAUCUACAAACUAUUGAUGUUCGUUGUUGUGGGAACAUAGAGGAGUUAAUAGGGUCUGAAUCUGAAGAAGGAGAAAAAGGCACGGUGUUUGGGGAAAGAGGAGCGGUUGCUGAGUGGUUGGGGUAUCUCCAGAAUCUACAAACUAUUGAUGUUCAUUGUUGUGGGAACAUAGAGGAGUUAAUAGUGCCUAAAUAUGAAGGAGGAGAAAAAGUCAUGGUGUUUCUGGAAAGAGAAGCAGUUGAUAAGUCAGCAUCACUACCAGCUGGCACAUUUUCCUCAAUUCAAGGUAUUAGUGUUUCUGAUUGUGGUGACAUAAAAAAGUUAUUCUCAGGUAGGUGGUUGGGGUAUCUCCAGAAUCUACAAACUAUUGAUGUUCAUUGUUGUGGGAACAUAGAGGAGUUAAUAGGGUCUGAAUCUGAAGAAGGAGAAAAAGGCAAGGUGUUUGGGGAAAGAGGAGCCGUUGCUGAGUCAGCAUCGCUACCAGCUGGCACAUUUUCCUCUAUUCAACGUGUUCGUGUUUCUAAUUAUGGUCACAUAGAGAAGUUAAUUCUCAUAUAGGUGGUUGGGGUAUCUCCAGAAUCUAUAAACUAUUGAUGUUCGUUAUUGUGGGGAAAUAAAGGAGUUAAUAGGGUCUGAAUCUGAAGAAGGAGAAAAAGUCACUCUAAUGCAAAAGACAUCCUUUUACACUUUUGUGAAUUUCAGGAGAUGUUGGAAUUGGGCGCACCGCAAAUCAAAAUUGAAAUUCGGCUCUUGAACCACAAGAAAGUCAGGGGAAAUCAGAUUUGCACCUCUUGCUGUAGCUGUUGGGUUUUCAAUUUAAUAUAGACUUGCUAUUCUUUGUCUUUCUUCUGGUGUGUCUAUGUUGUGUGUUUAAAUAUGUCAAAUUUUAAGUGGAAAACUGGAAAUAUUUGUAUCUUUAUUAUCUAUGUAAUUGUUGUCUUUGAAAUUAUGUACAAACAAGACUUGAAAUUAAUUAGGACUUUGCUA